AUGGUGUUCCUGCACAUUACGCCGCAGAUAUUUAUCAUGUGGCCGUACUAUCGCAAGACGCCCUCGUUCACGGCCUACCAGCUAGGGGCGGUGCUGCUCGUGCACAAUCUCUUCGGCAUAUAUAUGUAUGUGGCGUACUGGUACUGCCUCAGCGCGGACGCUGGCGGCGUGCCUAUGAGUUGGCAUCCACCAUCCAAUGGCGACUACAAGCGCUAUUGCUACCACUGCCGGGCGUUCAAGCCGCCACGCGCGCAUCACUGUCGUGUGUGUCGCAGAUGCGUGCUGCGGAUGGAUCACCACUGCCCAUGGAUCGGCAACUGUGUGGGACACGGCACGUACGCGCACUUUCUGCGGUAUACAACGGUUGUCUCUCUGGGUUCGUGGAACCACCUGCUUAUGAUUACGCUGCGCGUCGUCGAUUUUUGGAGCGUGUACGACUUGAUGCCGCGCCCGUCUACCACUGAGGCCGUGAUGAUUGUGCUCAACUACAUCCUGUGCCUGCCGCCGGCCCUGCUCGUGACGUUCCUCACCAUGUACCACUACGUGCUCGUAUGCACCAACACCACGUCCAUUGAGACGUGGGAGAAAGACCGCGUGAGCCGCCAGAUCCGGCGGGGUCAGAUUCCCUAUAUCGCAUUCCCCUUCGACCUGGGCUGCUGGUCCAACCUCCUACAGGUCCUAGGGCCAUCACCGCUGACCUGGCUGUGGCCCUGCGCGGAGCCCCUGCAGGACGGCACGUCGUUUCCCGUGGCCGGCACGCGGCCCGAGGCGCAAUUCCUGUGGCCUCCCAAAGACCCGCGCGUGCGCCGCCGGCCCGUGCGACCGACGGGCUCUGCGUUUACAUACGGCGAGGAGCAGCUGAAUCCCCGAUUGCGAGCAUCGCACGCGGACGCGCCGCAGCCCCAGGCCGCGGCCGCUUGGCACGCGUCUGCACCACACUAUCCGCACGACGAGGUCGUGUAUGACUCGUACUCCAGUGCGAGUGAUGAUGACAUGGACGACUAUGCGCCGACGGGCCAUGUGCGUGUGCGUCGCGGCAGCGAGGGCCUCGAAGUGAUGGCGCCGCAGUACAGUCGCGUGCUGUGGGACGAGAUCGGCGCGGAGGCCUUCCCGCCCGGCACAGAGCCGCCGCCAGAGGAGCGCGAUCCCAAUGUCGAGUACGUACCUGGCCAUGAGUAUCCCCAUGGCACGUUUGCCGAGUACGGUUAA